AUGCCUUCUACAUAUUAUCGUGAUGAGAAAUCGCUAUCCCUAAAUCUAAAAGGAAUUGUCAGUCUGGAAAAACCGUAUCAGUCUGCAAAAUAUGGGGACCAAAAUCGUUUACUCCACUGUCGUAAUAAAAUAUUAUUUGGUAUAGAUGGCGCAUACACGAGCGAAGACAGCUGUGACCUUCAGGAACUGAAGUUUUGUGUCGAUGCAACACCUCGAACACAGAUCGGCCUACCCAAGAAUAAGGAUGAGCUUGACAACCAUUGUUUAGCUUAUCACACCGGCAUGAAAUGUAUGGAUACAUGGAUUAAACGUUGUCUGCCAACGGAUGGACAAAAGAUAAUUCAACAGCAAAUCGGAGGAGCACGAGCGCUUAUGCGUUAUUUGUGUAACAAUGACACAGCUCUUCGUAGAGAUUUUUUGAAGGAGCCGUCAUGUUGGUUGCUGGUGUCAUCAGACUGGUCACGAUGUGUAGACGAGCUGCAACUAGCUGCAAGAGAGAUUUCCGAGCGCUCUAACCACAUAGUCUACUUCAACAAGAACACUGAAUUGUGCUGUGCCCGUGACGCGUUUUUGUCGUGCGUCAGUCGUGCUGGAAGAGCAUGUUCAGCGUCGGCAGGGGCGUUGUUGCGGCGAAUGGCAUGGGUUCUGGCACAGGAUGUUGCAGCAUGCAGUCAACAACCCCGUGCGUAUUGUGCCGCACCUGUGCCACUUCAAUGCUGCUUACCGCUACUCACAGCUCUGUCUGGCAUACUACUCUAUCCUUUAAUGUUAUAA